AUGGAUGCGCGCCAGUCAACGCUGAUGCGCGCCAGUCAACGCGGAUGCGCGCCAGUCAACGCUCGUGCUGGCGCGUCAGUGGACGACCCGGCUGCUCCACACCACACGUUAUCGAUGAGUAUCGCUCCACUCCAGUCAUCUCUUUUUUUGUCUCACAUCGCUGCCUGUAGCACACCCUACCCCCCCCAAGUCUCAGCUAAGUUGCAUCCAUUGAACGUCCCUGGUGCUGCUCGGGUCAACGUCCGCUCUGCUCGUGUCAACGCCUUUCUGCUCGGGUCAACGCCUUUCUGCUCGGGUCAACGCCGUUCUGCUGCAGUCAAGGCAGCAUCGAAAGAUAAGUAUCCCUCCAACCCGCCUCUGCUCUCUGCUCCCCACCCGCGCGUUUCGCAUGCCUUCGCUUUGCAUGUCUGCUCGUCCGCUCAUCAGCACACCCAGCUCCUUGGUACGGUACCAGGUAGUUUCGAUGCCUGCGCGGACCUCCCUCCUGCUUGCGCGGACGAUGCUGCUGCCUUCGCGGAUGACAUGGCUGCCUUCACAGAUGAGUAUCACCACCCUUCUCCCCAACCUCCUCUGCCUUUGAUUUUAUCAUCAUCCAUCAUUAUCUCGCCCACGCAUUGCUCAUGUCACCCCACCUGCUCGCACCACACUCAAGGGUUCCCCCAGGUCUCAGGUUGCUCUGGACGCGCAUGCUCUGGACGCGCAUGCAGCGAGCUGGCGGGCAGCAGGGCGCUCUUCGGCUGCACCGACCGCCUGCCACGCGCUUCUCCCAAGAGAUCAGAUGAGUACCUCCGCUCCUCCCUCUCUGCCUCCGCCUUUUCCUGCUUCUGCAAUGUCUCACUUUCAAGCACCGCACGUCGCUCUAGCUGCACGCCCCAGGGCUCCCCAGGUACCUUGGCUGUUCUCUGCUCUCCACUCCACGCUGCUUCUGCUGAGCGGACUGUCACCAUGAUUGGCGGACCUCUGCGUGGCCCUCCACUCAACUCCAAGCUGCUGCGCGGACUGUCACUGCCACUGUCGGACCGAGGGGCUGCAGUGUGUCAGGUAAGCCAGCAAGCCUCCCACCUCACCCUCACAUGA